GAGGAGGGAACGUUGACCGUGUUUGUUAUCACCAGAGGACAAUACAAUCAAGGUGUUUCAAAAGCUCUCUCUAAAUGGCGCAAGAAGCUGGCCUCAUUCCUCCUCCACCUCACCUAUCAAACCCACGAUUUACCCUUGAGCUUGAAUUCGUCCUUUCCCUCGCGAAUCCUUAUUAUAUUUCUCACCUUGCUGUCACCUAUCCGCAUCUUCUUGGCAUCUCCUCCCAAUCCACAGACAACGAUGAUCCUUCAGCAUCGUCCGACGCUAAAGCGUUUGCUGCGUACCUUGCCUAUCUCUAUGAUUACUGGAAGCGUCCCGAAUACGUCCAGUUCUUGACACACCCCGGAGCUACCCUAAGAGCGUUGCGGCUCUUACAAGAGGAAUCAUUCCGCAAAGCAGUGAUCAGGCCACAGGUUAUUGAGGCGUUGCUGGGCACAACGACGGAGGUCGAUCUGCACGUUGAGUCGGAGGAAGACCGGGAGAAGAAUAACGAGGAGCAAGCUGAGAAGGGGUCCAAUGGCGCUACUUCCUGAAAGUCAGGUGUUUAUUGCUCUUGGUGGCGGCAGCGAUGAAGGCAUAUAAACCAUUAUUUGAUAUUACGGAUAUUCGCCACGUUGGCGAUUCUCUUGUCGUGCUAUAGCCGUGGAUUCUGGAAUUCAACCCAUUUUGCCUUUUCGGAGUUCGCGGCGCGCCUCUGGAGAACGGUUGCCCGUUGCCCAUUCCGUUGUCGAAAGGCUUAGGGUACGAAGCGACCAUGAAUGACCCGGCUCACUUGCUGUAUGUCGAACAGCUUGCGAUAUGCCAACAACAGUUCAUACGGACAUCGAAAGUCUCCACAAAUAUCCUUACACACUUCCGAAACUUCUGCUUCCGGACAAUUUUCGACUGUUGAUAAUACUAGGAAGCAGUGUGAACGCAUUUCUUCAGAUACUAGUUCUGCAGCUUGUGCAAAUCUGAUGGCUGGCGGUCUUUGGCUGAAAGCGGAAGCUGGACCAGCUUGGCCAGUUGAUGACAAUGUUUAGUCGGUCCGGGCUUCGAUUUUGUGCCGUCGGCGUUUUCAACCUGCCUAAUCACCAAUCUCCGAAAUGGGCGGAUUCUCUCAGCACGAUAAUAACAUAGAGGAUGGAGUGGAAGUGCCAGCGAACUCUUCUGCCAGCUCUCUGCGCACGUGUUUGGGCGGGAGUGUCAAAAUGAGAUGGAGGGCAUUGUGUUUGCUUUAGACAUCUUCAAAACUAGUACCCUACAUUUAUAUGUACCUAACAUACUUUGUACAUAGCUACAUACGAAGGCCAUAGGAAGAUAUGGAUCCAACAAAAAUACCCUUUUAGAA